CAUGAAAGCACCGGAGAGAUCACACAGACAGUCUUUAGUCCAGGUUGCUGCCUCAUUGUGCAGCAAGGGAAGAAGCUGAGCGUGUGGACUGAACAUUAACUGGGAGUGAUGGGAGCGACCUGUAUUUCAUGGAGAACAACUACAACCAUCAUCAUCACUCUUCUACAAAUCCAAGGACUGAUCAGUGUCCAGACUACAGUUACCGGUGUAGAAGGCCAGACGGUUGACAUCAAAUGUGAAUAUGAAAAUGGCCAUAAGCGCAAGGUUAAAUCCUUCUCCAAUGACAAGGAUAUGAUCCUGAUAAAGACUGAAAAACAUGCGCAGUGGGUUAGAAAUGGAAGUUUCUCUCUUUACGACAACACCACCGGAGCCUUCUUCAUCGUCAGGUUGGACCAGCUCACCUCAAGCGACAGCGGGACAUACAGGUGUGGGGUGGACCUACCGCCUGAUCAUAUCAGUUUCAUACAGCUGAAAGUUCCCCGAGUUCCUGGAUCAACUUUCUUAUCAAAUCACCUUGAUGUGGACAAAUUCCACCUGCCGCUGUUUGUGACUGCAACGAUGUGUUUGGCAGCCAUGCUGUUUAUAUGUCUGUUUACAUGUUGUCUUCGGCUGGCUGUUAAACAGCGAAGAUCCAUCCCACGCCAAAAGAGAGAGGAGUCAUCUGACUACGAGACAAUGACGCCUGGUGUAAUAACUGACCCGGAAGUCCGCUUUUCUCCUGCAGAUUGCGAUGAUAUUUCAGCUCUUCCACCGCCAUCACCUGACCUCUGCUCCCAUUUCACCUCAAAGAAUCGCGAGUCCACUGUCACUCUCGGCCUUAGUGAGUAUGUGGAUGUGGAUGUACCAAAGCACAUCUGCCAGUACCAAGGUCUGGAUCUCAGUCGGUUAGAGGAUCACGUCUAUUACAGCCUUCAUGGAAAUAGCCAUCCUAAAGAUGGACCUCUUGGAGUCAAAAAUGUGAUUAACUCAUGAUACUGAUGAAGGAUAAUUCAAGGUUGAUUACAUCUCAAGUUUAUUGUAAGUUAUUGCUUAUUUUUGUUAUUUCUAAAGAGGAAAUUGGUUGUUAAUGGAGAGGGAGUUUAACAAAAUGACUCAUCAGGAAAGCAAGACAGAAAUAUGAUGGACACCGCAACGCUUCUUACAGCCAAUUUGGAUAAAGAAACAGACAGCAGUACUACCAUCAUCUUCAGCUUUUAUACCGAUCAGCACCAGGACACCAGAAGUGAUAACUAAGAUAAUAUUUACACGUCACCGUUUCAUAAGACUCUCAGAUCCAACUCGAAGGUUUAUUACAAUGUCUGAACUCAGUGCUGAUCGUCUUCACUGUUAAGUUCACUAUCUUAUACGCUCUAAGAGUUAUUAAACCCAGCGCUCACAUAUUUCUGUAAAUUCACAGGUUGUUGUCCACUUAUUGUUUGAAUAGUUUGGAUUGUUUUUGUUCACAUUUAUGCAAGACGAUAACAAUAUAGGAAUAAUGUUGUUAACUCCUCUACAAGAUUAUGUCUUCAAAUAAUACAGCAUUGUCAUUAGAUAAUAGAUGUUAUGCUAAUAAAAAAUGCAUUGCAUGUUGUAUGUAAUACACAUA